CAUAUGUCGCAUAUCACCACAGACCACGAAUGACGAAUCCGCAUAUCACUUUGUUUUGCUUUUGUGCAAUCCAUGCAGUCAGUCUACUCCGUCUACGCAAAGAAUCAAAAAAUAUUACAUAAAGUAGUUUUUGAAAGCGAAAGAUAGAUUCUUACUAAAAUUGUGAAUAUGAUAGCUUAUGGUGGUUAUAAUCAUUAAACAACAUAAGGGAAAGUAGGUGGUGGCGCGUGACAGGAUGAAGCUGGAGGAGUGCGGCGCGGAGCUGGGCGUGGCGGUGGAGGGCGCGGGCGGGCGCGCGCAGCGCCUGGCGGCGGAGGGCGGCGCGCUGGUGCUGAGCGAGGGCGGCGCGCGGCUGCGCGUGUGGCCGCUGCACGCCGUGGCCGUCAAGCCCGACCUGACGAGCGGCGCGGUGCUGGUGGAGGCGGGCGGCGAGACGCUGACGCUGCGCUGCGCGGAGGCGGGGCGUGCGGCGCUGCUGCAGCUGGCGGCGGCGGCGGGCGCGCGAGCGGCGCCGGGUGCGCCCACCGACGCGGCGCUGGCCGCGCUGCUGGACGACGCCGAGCCCGGCGACGCGGACGCCGAGCGUCGCGUGCGCCGCCUGGCCGAGCGCCUGGCGCGCCUCGACGCGCUCAACGUGGCCGGCAUGCUGGCCGCGGCCACUGAGGGCGGCGGCGCGCGCCUCGCCGAUCGCCUUGAAGCGGGCGGCGCGGCGAGCGGUGCGCUGGCGGCGCGGCUGGCGCGGCUCGAGGCGCUGACGCGCGCGGCGCCGGCGGCGUUGCACGCGCGCUCGGGCGCGGCACGCGCAGACGCAGCGGCCCGCGCGCUCCUCACGGAGCUCACGGACAUCUACGACUGGCUCGACAACCCCGCGCUGCAGGACCUCGACGCGCUGCCCGAGAUCUCGCUGGGCACGGCGGAGGGGCGCGCGCGCGCGCUGGCGGCGGCCGAGGCGCUGCGCGACGCGCUGGACGCGGCGCGCGCGGGUGAGGCGCGGCUGCGGCUGGGCGCCGUGCGGGAGCGGCUGCGGCGGCUGGCGCGCGCGCGUGACGCGUUGGCGGCGGCGCUGGCGCGACACCUCAACAACGCGCUCAUCCACCUCGGCAACGAGGCGACGGCGGCGACGGCGGCGCCGCGCGCGCGCGCUCACCACGCCGAGCUGGCGCCCUACGCGCCCUUCAUGCGCUGGCUCAAGUGCACGGACGAGAAGGCGUACGCGGCGCUGCUGCGCGUGUACUGCGGCGCGUGGGCGCGCGUGUACGAGCGCGACGUGCGCGCGGCCGCCGAGCGCGCCAAGCAGGAGCUGGCGCACGCGCCGCCCGAGCGCGUGGACGCGCUGCUGGACGAGGUGCUGACGCUGGUGGAGAGCACGUGCAACGCCGAGCAGGACUUCUGCACGCAGUUCUUCUGCCUCGACGUGGACGCGAGGGGCGCGGGCGGCGGCGGCUCGGGCGGGUCGGGCGCGUCGGGCGCGUCGGGCGGCGGCGCGGAGGCGCGGCGCGCGUCGGACGCGGCGCGGCGCCUGCGCGCGGAGCUGUUCCCCGCGCUGGAGCAGGAGCUGGUCGCGCUGGUGCAGCACAUCGAGAAGCACGAACCCUACGGCGCCAUGCGCGCGCUGGCGUGCGUGGGGCGGCGCGUGCUGCGCGGCGGCGAGGGCGAGGCGGAGGCGGGCGCGGGCGAGGCGCGCUGGGCGCGCGCGGCGCUGGCGGCCGUGGCGGUGGCCGCCAAGCGCGGCGCCGACCGCGUCGUGGCCGAGCGCCUGGCCGCGCUGCCCGACGCCGUCAAGCAGGCGGCGCGCAAGCCCAAGUGCGGCAUCCUGAGCUUCAUCCCGGAGCUGGAAGAGCUGAGCGCCGUGUGCGAGGCCAUCUUCGCGCGCGGGCGCCGCGCCGACCUCGACCGCUGGUACCUGGCGCUGGGCGCGGCGCAGCUGCGCGCCAUCGCCACGGCCUCGCACCCGCGCACGCCGCGCGCCGUGCUGCAGCUGGAGAACUACCACCGCCUGCACGCCUGCGUGAGCGCGCUGCGCGUGCCCGCGCUGGACGCGCUGCGCCGCGACGCGCGCGCGCGCUACGCGGACGCGCUGCGCGCCUACGUCACGCAGCAGUUCGGGCGCCCGCUGGAGAAGCUGGCCACGUUCUUCGAGGGCGUGGCCGAGGCGGUGGCGGGCGGUGUGCGCGAGGACGAAGUGUGCUACCGCGCCGCCUACAGCAAGCAUGAGCUCCGGCGCCUGCUCGCGCUCUACCCCGCGCACGAAGUGCGCAAGUCUCUGCAUCGGCUGUACCGCACGGUGGAGAAGCACCUGAGCGAGGAGGGCGGGCUGCUGCAGGUGGUGUGGCGCGCCAUGCAGGAGGAGUUCAUCGCGCAGCACGUCGCCUUGCAGGCGCGCAUUGCGGCGUGCUACCCGGGCGCGGGGCUGUCGCUGCCGCUCACCACGCAGGACAUCCUCGACGCGUUCUCUGACAUCGCGCGCGAGCACUAGCGCAUAGCCCCCGACCGACGCGGCGCAUCGCGGCGUGCUACCCGGGCGCGGGGCUGUCGCUGCCGCUCACCACGCAGGACAUCCUCGACGCGUUCUCCGACAUCGCGCGCGAGCACUAGCGCAUAGCCCCCGACCGACGCGGCGCAUCGCGGCGUGCUACCCGGGCGCGGGGCUGUCGCUGCCGCUCACCACGCAGGACAUCCUCGACGCGUUCUCCGACAUCGCGCGCGAGCACUAGCGCAUAGCCCCCGACCGACGCGGCGCAUCGCGGCGUGCUACCCGGGCGCGGGGCUGUCGCUGCCGCUCACCACGCAGGACAUCCUCGACGCGUUCUCCGACAUCGCGCGCGAGCACUAGCGCAUAGCCCCCGACCGACGCGGCGCAUCGCGGCGUGCUACCCGGGCGCGGGGCUGUCGCUGCCGCUCACCACGCAGGACAUCCUCGACGCGUUCUCCGACAUCGCGCGCGAGCACUAGCGCAUAGCCCCCGACCGACGCGGCGCAUCGCCUAAUGUUUCGAGUAACUCUUAUCAUCGGCUUUAAACUACAACUAACAGUAGUAGAAUACUUCAGAAAUAUUUUGUUACUUAAGUAUAUAAUUGUUUAGCAGCAACAUAUGUAUAUAGCUAGUCUACCAGCAAGAGCAAGUAAGUAAUGUAAAAUAAAUAUUUUAUUUUUAAAAAGAUUGUUUAAGUUAACCUAAUAGUAGUGUUUUGCGCGGAUGCGCGGACCACAACAGAGGUCAGCGAGCAUGCAAGGAUGCGCGGACCACAACAGAGGUCAGCGAGCAUGCAAGGAUGCGCGGACCACAACAGAGGUCAGCGAGCAUGCAAGGAUUGUUUUUGUAAAUCCAGGCAUUGUCUUCAUUCUCUAUAUUUCCUAAUUUGGAUGUUUGUAUUUGUAUGGAUUCAGGGCCUACACUUAUUUCU